GUGUAUUGACUUGGAUAAAGCUUCGUCUACGGGCGUUCCAUAUAUAAAAAGGAUUCCAUUUGCCUCGAGCAAUAGCACACAAAUGCGAGGCAGCGCUUCUCCUACCUCAGGACCGCCAUGUCUCGAACUGCCAUCCAUGGAUACCAGCUUGAGAUAACAGUUGUUGGCUGCUGGGACUUGAGGGAUUCAUCAACUAAGUUCCAUGACCAAGACCCAUAUGUACGACUUGAAUAUGCCAACAUUGCUGUCAGGACACAAGUCUGCAAAAGAAAAGCUAAGGAACCCACCUUCAAUCAGAAGUUCACUUUCGUUCUUUCUGAGGGAUGUCACGAUAUUGGAGUUGCAGUUUGGAACAAGAACACCAUGGAAAGGGACUAUCUCAUUUGUACAACGAGGGUUCCUCUGGCAACGGUACUUUGUAAUGGCUUUGAUGAGGCAUGGUGGCCACUCCAGUAUGAGAACAGACCUGCAGGACAAAUACAUCUGCUUAUGAACAAGCUUGCAGUUCAGAGGAAUAAUGGUAUGGGAUAUACCCUACCUGUUCCAGCUGAACUUCAUUCUUCUCGAGAAGCUGCUGUUCCCUAUAUGGCAUAUCCACCGCCCUCUUUUCCUAUUACAAGCCAGCCCUUGCCCUCAAUUCCACAGCCUGUUCUGCUUCCUUCAACAGAAAGCAGAUCAGUUUCGUUCAUUACAGCCCAGCCGGUGCCUCCUCCUCCUCAAAACACUGUGCUGGUUUCUCCGAGAAAGGCAUCCAUAGAUUCCAUACCCUUUAACCCUUCAGCUCCUUCAGCACCAGAGGAGUCUUUCUCUUACGAUCCACCGCCUCCUCCCCCGCCAAUUGUGGUGCCUUCAUCAUUUUCCCUGCCAUCUACUGAUUUGCAGAAUCACUCAGCUCCCGUCAGUCCUCCAUCCCAGAUUCCACCAGGAUAUCUAGAAGACAGAGUUGCGAACAGAAAGGUGGACGCCGUUGGAGAAGAUCGAAGCCAAUGGACGGAGGUGGAAACUUUGAAUCCUUCUACUAACCAACCCGUAGUUCAAACAACUCUACCUCAGAUAUCUGCAACCAGCUUGCGCCAAAGGAACUCCAAAAGAACGAGAACCUCAGAGGAAAGAUACAGCGCUGCAGAGACCACCAAAUCCCCUUCCAAGCCGUCAUCAUCGCUAGGCGGCAAAGCCCGGCUGCGUAUCUUUGUUUUCUGUUUACUUCUUACGUUAUACUUGAAAGUGGGAUUCCAAUUCCCCAAUCUUUCUUGGUUAGGAUCGUAGCAUGAAGUUAGAGGGUGUAUGGUGAAAUACAUGUUCUUAACAUACAUGCUCCAAGAAUACCAUAUUCUUGUUUGAGAAAACAUGGUGCAAUUACGCGCUGUUUUUCUUGGAACAUGUGUUAUAUAUUUUGUCAAAUAUCAUCUUAGAGUUUGUAAAGGGUGUUCAUAUUUCAGCCUGAAGAUGGUUGUCUUGUCUUCCUGCUAAUGUAAAAUGUUUAGCAACAUGGUGAAUGUUGAAUGUUGCUGAGAAAUGGUGCUCAAACCAUUCUGUAUCAAUGGAAAGAAGUGUUUUAACUGAUUUA